ACUAACAUCACUACACUCAUCACUCAUGGAAUCUCUUCCAACACUCCUUUUUCUCAUAGCCCUCGCAACCUUCGUCGCCGGUAGCCGCGACCUCGCCGGAGACUUUCUCCGGUUGCCAUCCUAUCCUGAUGACGAUGACAACCUUUCCGGUACCAGGUGGGCCGUCCUACUCGCCGGUUCCAAUGGUUACUGGAAUUACAGACAUCAGGGACCACGUUGAGAGUAUCACAUACAGGGAGCAAAAAUAAAUUAUAACCUUAAUGAUUUAGUUUAUUAUUUUCCAUAUUUUUUAAUUGUUUAGUUUUAAUAUUUAGUCUUUGUUCUUUCAUCAGGCUGAUGUUUGCCAUGCGUAUCAAAUACUGAGGAAAGGUGGCCUGAAAGAUGAAAAUAUUAUUGUUUUUAUGUAUGAUGACAUUGCUUUCAAUGAGGAGAACCCAAGGCCUGGAGUCAUCAUUAACAAACCAGAUGGGGAUGAUGUUUAUGAAGGAGUUCCUAAGGAUUACACUGGCGAAGAUGUUACUGCUGAUAACUUUUAUGCGGUUUUACUUGGAAAUAAGUCAGCACUUACAGGUGGCAGUGGGAAGGUUGUGGAAAGUGGUCCAGAUGAUCAUAUAUUUGUUUACUACACUGAUCAUGGAGGUCCAGGGGUGCUCGGGAUGCCUGCUGGUCCUUACUUGUAUGCAUCUGAUCUGAAUGAAGUCUUGAAGAAAAAACAUGCUUCUGGAACGUAUAAAAGCCUUGUAUUUUAUCUAGAGGCAUGUGAAUCUGGUAGUAUCUUUGAAGGUCUUCUUCCUGAAAAUAUCAAUAUUUAUGCAACAACAGCUUCAAAUGCAGAAGAAAGCAGUUGGGGAACAUAUUGCCCGGGGGAGUACCGUAGUCCUCCCCCAGAAUAUACAACUUGCUUGGGUGACCUGUACAGUGUUGCUUGGAUGGAAGACAGUGACAUACACAAUUUGCGAACAGAAACUUUGCACCAACAAUAUAAAUUGGUUAAAGAGAGGACUAUUGGUGGAACUUUUUACUUUGGCUCUCACGUGAUGCAGUAUGGUGAUAUUGGGCUUAGCAGUGAUGCUCUCUUUGCAUAUAUGGGUACAAAUCCUGCUAAUGAUAAUUUUACCUUUGUGGAUGAAAACUCCUUGAGGUCCUCACCUUCAAAAGCAGUCAAUCAAAGGGAUGCUGAUCUCAUCCAUUUUUGGGAUAAGUUCCGCAAAGCUCCUGAGGGUUCACCCAGGAAAAGUGCAGCUCAGAAACAAGUUCUGGAAGCAAUGUUUCACAGAACACACAUAGACGACAGUGUGAAACUUAUUGGGAAGCUUUUAUUUGGAUUUGGAAAGGGUCCAGAAGUACUCAAUGCUGUUAGACCGGCUGGAUUGGCACUUGUUGAUGACUGGGACUGCUUGAAAACCAUGGUAAGGACUUUUGAGACACAUUGUGGAUCCUUGUCUCAGUAUGGGAUGAAACAUAUGAGGUCCUUUGCGAACAUCUGCAAUGCAGGAAUAAAGAAUGAGCAAAUGGCUGAGGCCUCGGCACAAGCUUGUCUCAGCAUUCCUUCCAAUCCCUGGAGUUCUCUUCGAAGGGGUUUCAGUGCAUAAUUCCUGAAAUGUGCACUAUUAAAGACUAGAGUAUGAUUGUUGUUACAUUAUGUUUUAUGGCUUGUAUAUAAGUGGUGUGCACUGCUCAUACUAUUUUGUCCCUCCUUUGUGAAUACAAUUGGGACAUUCCUAGGAUGGGAAAAUGGUCUUUACAUCGUAGAUUCCCACACAGAUGCAGCAACUACGUGUAUAUAAUCAAUUUAUGAUGUUGUAUCGUUGCAAAUUGCAAGAAAAACAAGCGUGAUGACAUUUACGGCAUAAGGAGGGAUAAAGGACCAAUACCUUUGGAAUGCUCAAUAUGACAAGGGCGCCAGGUCAUGCAUUUGUAUGCUAAUGCAUAGUAAUAAUGUGUACUUUUAUUCUGUAGGCUAUAGGUAGAUUGGGUUUUCCCUUGUCAGUUUGCAACAGAAUUGGCAACCUCUGUAGAAUUAUUUUAGAAGCAGCACUAUUUGUAACAAUUAUUGUUUAAUAUUAAAGUUGUUAUUGUAUUUAUUCUUGUAAAAUAUUGGGAUAAACUAAAUAAUACAUUGUUACUUUUGUAAAAGAAUAAUUAUAUGACUAGUUUAUUAAGAGUUGUGACUAUUUGAGUGUUUUUGU